CAGCCCGUCACCAUCGAGCAAUUCUUCUUGCAUUGUCCACAAUCAAUCAUUGCGAUCAUUGCCUCGUUCAAUUCCCUCAAUCUAUCCAUCCAUCGUCUUUGCCGCCAAAAAGCAUUCAGAACCCUUCGUUUUCGGCAGCACCCGAACGCACUCCGCCUUGUCCCUUUGAUUACGUCAUAUCUGGUUCCUCUCCAGGUUUACCAUCCAAGUACUUUGACCAUCACCACGGCCCUUGUCUGUCCUUUCGAUUAGCAAAAGCAUCAAUCCCGUCAAUAUGGUUCACCCGUCCUCUACCUGCUGCAAGACUUCCGGCGACGGAAGCUGUGUCUGCGCAGCCCAGGCCAAGUGCUCCUGCGGCAAGGAAAACGCCCUCCACUGCACUUGCAACAAGGCCUCCACUGAGAACACCGUUGCGGGGGCUCGAUGCUCUUGCAGAGCUCGCCCUGCCGGAGAAUGUACCUGCGAACGGGCCGCCAGUGAGAACCACCCUGUGACGGGAGAAACUUGCCCUUGCGGAAAGCGCUCCUCCUCUUCUUGCACCUGCGAGAAGGCCCGCGCGGUUGACGAGGCCGUGGGACAGCUCGAGACUGAUUUCACCACCCGUGCUUAAACACCGCUCUUCAUCUUCGCCCGGAGGGCAAUGGUCGUUUUCUACUUAAAAGGCUUUUAAUGGCAUGUAUACCUGGGGAAUCGGUGUUCAUUACGGAGUUUCGGGAGGUCGAGGGGUUGAUUUGCUUCAUGGGGUGUGGGAUAUUUGACAUCGGGUUGUCUUGCAUUGCUCAGGUUGUUUUCAUAGGGGAGCGGGAGGUUAUGGAAAAUCAGUGAUGAUACUUCAAAUGUCAUAUUGUUAGAAUUAUGCUUCAUGCUAGGUAUCUGGAGCUGCAGAUCUAGGGUGGGGACGAGGAGGCGCAUUUGUAGGGUGAUUCCUUGGUUCAGCAUGGCCCCUGCUCGAUGCGGGGUCUCUGACUGACAUUGUCCUAGUACUAUAUAUGUAGCAAGGGGAGCUAACUCCCUGCACAUCUUGAGAACAUAAAUAGAUCGAGUCGGAGUCUUUGCUGCAGCGGUCCCCACCUGAAUGCAGCCAUGAAUCCGAUAAGGUUUGCAU